CAUGCACCGACUGCAUCCGGCAUCCUCAUGGAAGAAAGCACGCAACAACUCUUCCGUCCAUCUUGUUCAUCAAAAUCCGUCUCCUUCCUUGAGCGUUCUUGAAUAAUAUUUACAUAUGUUAUUAUUAUGAGAGAGUUGAAAUUUCAGCACUCUUUGUUUACGUUCACAAGGAAAAUACCGAGUAUUUCUCAGCUCUGACUAAAUAUUCUUCUUUACUCUUUUUCUCUCUCUAAACCCGCCUUUCUAUUUGCAUUCAAAACGACCAACCUCUGAAACUGAGCAGACGGGAGGCACUCUUUCUCUAAACCCACCGCCAUAACCCUAGCGCUUCGCCUCUUCGGUCUCUUUGCCAUGGAAGAUGAAGACCCAGUAAGCCUUUUCUUGAGUCUUGACAACUGGCAAGAGUCCCACGCCGACCCAGACGAACUUUCACUCGCGCAAGACUCGCCGCCGCAAUCUCCCGCGGAGACCUACUUGUUGGGCUUUGUAAUCGCCAACAUAGUCGGAAUCCAAUACUACUCCGGCACCAUCAGCGGCCGGGAAAUGGUGGGUCUGGUCCGGGAACCCCUCAACCCGCACGACUCAAACGCCAUCAAGGUCCUCAACACCCGAACCGUCCAAGUCGGACACAUCGAGCGCCCUGUCGCGGCGGUCUUGGCGCCCUUGAUAGACGCUCAUACCAUUCUCGUCGAAGGCAUUGUGCCCAAUGCUCGUGCCACGGGAAACAGGUACAAGAUUCCUUGUCAAAUUCAUGUGUUUUCGAGAAUUGAGGCCUCUGAGGCAGUUAAAUCGGCGAUUUCGGGAGCUGGGUUGGACUUGAUUUCGGAUUCCGACGUGUCCUUUACGCUGUCCGAGGCCAUGGUGGUGAAGGAGCAGAGGAAGGGUGACAAGAGUGUAGAUGAGAUUUUCAAGCUUGUUGAUGAGAAUGUGAGCAAGAAGGGUGCGUUGGAACCGUUGGAGCCACCGAAGGAUGUGAUCAAAUCGGAGCUCUUUGUGCAUCAGAAGGAGGGGUUGGGAUGGUUGGUUCAUAGAGAGAACUCGGACGAAUUGCCGCCUUUUUGGGAGGAGAAAGAUGGGUCUUAUGUCAAUGUUUUGACGAAUUACCAUACGGAUGUGCGGCCGGAGCCUUUGCGAGGUGGGGUUUUUGCGGAUGAUAUGGGGUUGGGUAAGACUCUAACUUUGCUCUCUUUGAUUGCUUUUGAUAAAUGCGGUAGUGCUCUUGCUUCUGCAAUGCAUAGUGCUAGUUUAGAUGUAGAAAAGUCUGAUGAAAUGGGUGAGGAGGAGAGUGGUAAGAAGGGUAAGAAGGGAAGAACUAGCAAGAAGGGUCCCCUGUCGCGGAAAAAACGAAAAAUUGGUGAUGUGAGAUUUGAUGGCAAUGUGAAAGGAAAAUCUUUAAGUCUGUGUGAGAAGUCUUUUAGUGAUUUUGGCAGCAAGACAACUUUAAUUGUGUGCCCGCCUUCUGUGUUUUCAACGUGGAUAACACAGUUAGAAGAGCAUACUUGGCCUCGAAAGUUGAAGGUAUAUAUGUAUUAUGGGAAUCGGACAAAUGAUGUUGGGGAGCUCAAAAAGUAUGAUAUAGUAUUAACUACAUAUAGUACUCUGGCUACUGAAUAUCGUUGUUCGGAAUCCCCCAUGAAGAAGAUUGAAUGGUGGCGGGUCAUUUUGGAUGAGGCACACUUGAUAAAGAAUGUAAAUGCUCAACAAAGUCGAGCUGUCACUGAUUUGAUAGCCCAGCGGAGGUGGGUUGUUACGGGAACGCCCAUUCAGAAUGGCUCAUUUGAUUUGUUUUCUUUGAUGGCAUUCUUGCGGUUUGCGCCAUUUUCAGUCAAGAGUCAUUGGCAAAGCUUGGUACAGCGUCCGCUUGCUCUGGGAAACCAAAAGGGGCUCUCACGUCUGCAGGUUCUAAUGGCAACCAUUUCUUUGCGAAGAACAAAAGAAAAGGGAUUGAUUGGGUUGCCACCUAAAGUUAUAGAGACUUGUUAUGUGGAACUUUCUAGAGAAGAACGUGAACUGUAUGAUAAGAUGGAAGGGGAAGCUAAGAGUGUUUUCCGGUGUUAUAUUGAUGCUGGUAAUAUGAUGCGCAACUACUCAGCUGUACUUAGUAUACUCCUCCGACUUCGCCAGAUAUGUAUUGAUUUGGCCUUGUGCCCUUCAGAUCUCAAAUCACUGCUCCCUUCUCACAACAUUGAAGCAGACGUAACCAAUAACCCAGAGUUGCUGAAAAAGAUGGUUGAGGUGCUGCGAGAUGGUGAAGAUUUUGACUGUCCAAUAUGCAUUUCACCACCAACUAAUAUUAUUAUUACACGUUGUGCUCAUUUAUUUUGCCAAGCCUGUAUUUUGAAGACCCUACAUCACAAACCCCGCUGCCCACUUUGUCGGGGUCCCUUGACACAGUCUGACCUGUUCUCAGCCCCUCCAGAAGCUUCUGACACUGAUGACACUGGAGUAUCCUCUUCAAAAACAACCACAUCUUCCAAAGUCUCUGCUCUUCUAAAAUUUCUCAUGGAAUCAAGGAAUCAAAACCCAGCUACAAAAUCAGUAGUAUUUUCACAGUUCCGUAAGAUGUUGAUAUUUCUUGAAAAGCCCCUAAAAGAUGCUGGUUUCAAGAUUUUGCGCUUAGAUGGGUCGAUGAAUGCAAAGCGAAGGACUCAAGUAAUUGAAGAAUUCGGUGUCCCUGGACAUGAUGGACCCACUGUUUUGCUUGCGAGUCUUAAGGCUUCAGGAACAGGUAUAAACCUUACCGCUGCUUCUAGAGUCUACUUGUUGGAGCCAUGGUGGAAUCCGGCAGUUGAGGAUCAGGCAAUGGAUCGGGUCCACCGGAUUGGGCAGAAGGAGAAUGUGAAGAUUGUGAGGUUGAUUGCUCGAAAUAGCAUUGAAGAGAGGAUAGUAGAGUUGCAGGAGAGGAAGAAGCAACUUGCAAGGGAAGCUUUUGGAGGUAGGGGCCCAAAGGAUAGGAGGGAGAUUGGUUUAGAUGAUCUCCGCACCCUCAUGUCGAUGUGAGCUCUUCUUACCCUUACCACAUGCAUGUGUGUGCAUGAAUAUUCAUUUGCGAGCGCACAUGGUCGUAUGUUGUACACACCCUCCCAUCAUAGCACUUGUUCACGCUUCUAGAUACACAGGCAAAAUCUACACAUUUGUGUAUAUAGAGCAUAGAUUUUUGGACUUGCCAACAGUUUCUACAAAGUUUAGGUGCUAAAGAGAAAGGUCCACUUGUAUGCUUGAAUCUUGGGAAUCUUCUGGCACUUGCACCACUGUAGCCACCAGGGAUAUAUGCAGAAUCUUUGGACAUUACUGUUGGCUAGGUUUCAGGGCAAAUGAUAAUUUUCAUUUUCUGCCUCCGUUUUUAAACCCUUUAGCAAGUGUAAUUUGGGUGGGAUGAAGCAACAUUUUGAUUUGUAAGUCAUUGCUAAUGUCAUAUCAUGUUUUACACAGGCGAAAUUUAUCAUGCUUUUCUCC